AUGAAUGACUACGAUGAACUCUACGAGGACGACUUCGAGAAUGACGAGAUCGCCUCUGCCGCCGGCAAGUCGUUCUCGUCUCACGUGGCCUCCAUGACAACACCGCACUUCUCUUCUUCUGCCAUCCACGGAACGGCCUCGAACGGCGGUGUGGCAACCGCCACAGCGGUGGGCUUUGGUGGUGUCGCAGCGAAGAGGUCUCGGGUGAUGAAUCCUCCGCCAAGACCGACGUGUUCCUUGGAUUCGAGCUUUUCUAGCUACCAAUCAUCUUCCUCUGACCUGUUGCUGCCGUCAGCACACGAGCUCUGCUCCUCCUCCUCCUGGCAUUCGUCCACCUCGUCGUCCCGGCAUCACUCGCCCGCUACCCGCCCCGCCAAGGAUUGCGGUAGCACUCGACGUGCUGCCGAAUCCGGAAAAGGCCGGCGAGCUUUUGCCACUGCCGGUAGCCCCAACGCUGUAGUGCUCGCAUCUGGCUACUUCCGCACAGUCGCGUCGCCAAAAGACCCCAACGCCGUUACACUCACCUAUGCGCGCCCCUCUAUUCCCCAAGCACCUGAGCAACACGAGAUCACCUCUAGUGCCCAGGAUGCGUACGCAGAGCUUCACGCUGAUGAUAGGGUGCAGGUGAUCGUCAGCGGUGCUGGGAAACAAACGCAAUGGAUCCCUACGUCCGAGACGUCGACGACCAACGCCGAGGCAAUCUCUUGCACCUCCCUCCAUUCAACGCCAAGUACUUCGUCGCUCCCGGGACGCGCUCGCUCCUCACAUCGUCACGAGCCGAGUGCUAAAAGCAACAGCGUUUCAGCAAUAGGUGCAAAACUGCCGCAACACGCCACAGCUGUCGCCCACGCCUCGCGAAGCUCCUCGCCCUUAUCCUCCAGUACAGAUGAUGAUGAUGAUACCGGCGACUGUGGGCAGCGGCACAACACCUUUUCAUUCCCCUUCGCCACUGCAGCAGCUCCGGCGGCCGCUGUGGCGGCUGGCAUUGUGACCGCGGUCACGCGCAACGUCUCCGCUGAGCGUAACCACUCCUGCAGCGACUCGGCUGCACUUCACAGUGGUAAAAAACUGCUACACCAGUCGAACUACACCUCGCUGGAUGUGCUGGACAGUAACGACGGUCAUGGCCAUUGCCGCACCCCAGCUGAGAUAGACGCAGCGGCGGCCGCGGUCGACGACGAAGAGGAAGGGGAGGUGGAUCACAACAACUUAGGUGCCAGUGCUACUGUGCCAUCCGAGGCGGCAGCACGGCGGCAGCGGAUGACCUCCUCGUCCUCAGGUUGCUCAUCGGACUCCUUCACGAGUCCCACUCCAUCUGCCCUUGUGGGACCGUCGCUAACCAACCGCCAGCGCACUCAGUGGCACAAUGCUGCCAUAGCGUCAUCAUCCUCUAUGUCACCUACCCCACGCACCUCAUUGAAGAGGACCUCGCUGCUGGGUAGGUCUGACAGCAUCGGCACCGCAACCGGCUCAGUGAUGCCGCUCUCGCUACCGCCACAACAGCAACCUCCCAGCCUACCUCGCAUACACACAGGCGCGGUGCCGCCUGACUUCCGUACUGAUCACAGAAGCAGCCGUCAAAAAGACUCAGCGGCUUCUAUGAAAUUGAGAGCCUCAGGCAGUCAUUCCACCUCAUCUAUGUCAGCUCUAUCCGCAGCGUCACUAAAGAUGCUGGCAGCAGGCAAUGAUGCCGUGCGCAGCGUCAGUCAGCGGCGGCAAGUCAGCGGCGCUGCCACCAAAACGAUAGAUGCACGGCUCUUCAAUGGUGUCUACGGCCCACAGAGCCCACGCACCGCUAGCGGUGAGGACGACGACAACAACAGUCAUGUAGAGAAAAUGCCACGGAGCAAUAUGACAGCGAAACAGCCGCCACCGCCCUCACUCCCGCGGUUGAACUCUUCCCAGACGUCGGCUACCACAUCCAGAGGUCUCCCCUUUGCUAAGAUGGUCGUAGCAAAGACCAAAGGGUACACAGAGACGUCGACCGCCGCUGCCGAGGACGACGACCCACCUGAGCCGGAUGAGCGGAUGGCGCUACUGGCGCGCGUGGCGCAGCUUCAAGAGGACAUAGCCACGUGGGAUCGCCGCAUUGAGCAGCAGCGUGCCUUGAUGAAUGCCGGAGCGGGAAAGUCGGGCAAUGCUGCGGUCUCCUCGUUGCAGCGUCACUCCGCUGACGCUGCAGGAGCAGCGCGGAGACGUACGGGCUUCAACGGCGGCAAGCAGCGCUCCGAAUCGGUGCAGAAUGCAUCUCCCAAGCAGACUGACGCCAAGGGUGGCCGCCGCUCCGUCAACACACGACUCGCUAAGCUGCGGCAGGAAAACGAGCAUCUCGAGGCCCAAUACGCGCGCCAAGGCGCCGGGACGGCGGGAAUGUGCGUCCAGACGUUUGUUGUGCGGGCAGAUGUUCAGCUGCAAAAAGUGCGGCAGCAGCUAAAGGAGGUCACGGCCGCGCGUCGUGCUCUCGAAAACCGCGACAAGCGCGCCGCGCAUACCAUCGAAGAGGUGCACCGUCGCAUGCCGACGGCGGAUGAACUAGAGGAGAGGCAGCUCAAAGAGGGCAUCUACUCGCGCACGAGUCUGCUACGCACUGUGAAGGAGCUCAAGGCGAAUAUCAAACGCACACGCGCGGCGACCAAGCUGAUGGAGGUGAAGUGUGGCGAACUCGACGCGCAUGUGCGUCACAGGCGCCUGUCUUCCAUCACGCCAAAGGAAUACGAGGCGCUCUGUGCCAGCCGUGACGCUAAUGCAAAGACAAUUGAGAGGCACAAGACCGCCAUCUCCGUGUACGCAGCUGCCUUCGCACAGGACGCGCGCAGCUGCUCAAAAUCUGCAGCGAGUGGAUUCGGUGCUGGCGGUGGCGCUACGCAGUCAAGCCGCAGUUCCCGCACGACGUCGCCACGCGCAUCCUCCGUCUCACCAGCGGGGGUAGGGGUGACAGAGAGAGAGCAGAAGCAAGUGCUCGCAGAGUACGAAGUCACCAAGGCUGACCUUCUGCUCCAGCAGAAGAGAGCACUGCACGACCGCAAGCAGGAGUUGCAGGCGAGCAUCGACGAGCUGUGGCUUCGGAUACAGAAGCGCAACGAGCAGAUCAAGGCGAAUCACGCGGUAGCUGGGCUUAACUACGUCGAUACCAGCUCUGUUGCUGCUGCCCACGAGCCCCUUUACGUCGUCGGGAACACUGGCCCGAAACGCCUGACGCCGGCGUCGACGUCGCCGAUGCCCGGACAAGGCUGUGGCUCCCCGGUUGCGGGAAGCAGCGCAGCAGCGGUGCGCAAAGGGUCGCUGCGAGAUCUGCUGCGCUCUUCCCUGAAGCGGCGCACAGAGGCAACGACUGCGGCGGAAGGUGCGAAGGGUGGAGUCGACGCGACCACAGUGCGUCUUUGCGGUGUCGUCGCUGGUGAGCGCAAGAGGAGCCAGGAGAAUGCUAACGCGAACGCUUUGCACCGCGGUUCCAAACCACUGCCAGCACUAACGCAGACGGGCAACAGGAUUGCAGCUGGUGACGAGAUCCCGAUCUCCGCUGCUGCAGCUGGAACGACCCCAUCACGACCCUCCCGGUUGGCCUUAUCGCGUGACACCAUCGAGGACGAAGAUGCCGCCCACGGCAGCAUUGAGGCCAUACUGCAAAGGAUCGACGCGGACAACAGGCAACUCUGUCAGGGUGUGUUUGAGCAGGGGCGCAGAGAAGGAGCGACGCCGCCGAGGCUCUGGCAGGGCUUCGAUAACACCGACGCGGUGAAGGCAGCAGACAGUGUCCACAGUGAUGCCGGUGACUACACCGGUGGUAUGAGUCAGUGCGACCCCGCCACCAGUAGGGCGGCGCGACCACAUGGUGUGUAUGACGAGGAAAAGAUAGAUGAGGCGCCAAUGGAAGAAGAAGUGAUAGAAGAGGAGCUGGAUGCAGGCAAGAGUGACGGGUCUGGGAGGUCGACACCUGAGUGGCUGCGGGAAAACUAG